AUGUCAGCUAUUCCUCCGAAAUUUUUCAAGAUUGCAAAUUUAUCAAUCGGUUGUAUUGAUAUCAUUGCUGCUCUUUCGCAAUUAACGUACCUUUUCACCAACUUAAACGUCUUUCUCCUAGCCAUUUAUGGAUUGGUACUCUCCGUACCUAUCGUCUAUUUAGAGUUCAAGAUACCAUCUAACCUUUACAGGUAUGCUUCUUUUUACUUUAGUUUCCUUGGAAGAGGAUUGUCGUAUAUUUUAUUGGGAUUAAUAAUUAGCUUUGGUGGUAUUUACAACAUAUUGGCAGGGAUGCUUACUUUCAUUUUAGGGGUUGCUUUCAUUGUCUUCCAUUUUUCACAAUUCGUGGAAGAACCUGUUAAUUUCAGAGCGCCCGGUUCAUCUUUGUCAAUUGGUGAUGACAUCGAUGAUGACGACGAUAUGAUUUAG